AUGGAUCCGGCGGCCUUCGUGGCGUCGGCGCGAAAGUCGACGCUCUACGAGCUCCUCGGCGCGUCGUCGACGGACGAGAACGAGGCGCUGCGAAAGGCCUACCGACGACGCUCGCUGCAAUUCCACCCCGACAAGCACGCCGGCGACGACAGCGCGACGGAGGCAUUCCUCAUCAUCUCCCGGGCCUACGAGAUCCUCAGCGACGACGAGGCGCGGCUCGCCUACGAU